UGCUGCUUACGUGGAGCUCACACAAUGUGCCUACUGUUUGUGAUGAUGCAGCUAAAAUAUCAAGAAGCCAGACUCUGCACAGCUCAGAUAGGAAAACAUUCUUCCGGCUCUGACCAACAGGGACAAUUUGAUAUGGCUGCCCCCUUUGUUCCAGUCCCAUCCCCAGUGAACUGGACUGGAGCGUGCAGGUCCAGGACCAAAAGGUCUCCCAUACAGUCUACUUCUUCUGUAACCUGUGAGCCCUCACCUCUAGGCAGUAUUUCUGGAGUGACAGGAGUAGGACCCUCAGGUGUUGAAGUUCAGGCUCCUACCCCAUAUGACCCAUGGAGUGGAUCCAGGGGAGACGUUUUGGAUGGAUCCUCCACACUGCUGGAGGGUGAGAGGAGCCUCGGGGACAGCUGGGGGGAGAGACCCAUCGCCCCAAUACUGCUGGGCUAUGAGAUCCUGGAGGAGAGGGCAAAGUUCACAGUUUAUAAGAUCCUGGUGACAGGGAGUCAAGGAGACAGCUGGGUGGUCUUCAGAAGAUACACUGACUUCUGCAGGCUUAACGACAAGCUUAAAGAGCUGUUUCCCAGCUUGCGUCUCACCCUGCCCUCUAAGAGCUGGUUCAAAGACAACUAUGAUGAGGACUUUCUAGAGGAGAGGCAGAAUGGGCUGCAGACAUUUCUGCAGAACCUGAUGUUGCACAAUGACAUCAUCAGCAGUGAAGCUGUCAGACACUUCCUGUGUUUGGUUGAGGCGCCAAGUCCAUUUGAUAGUUUGGAGGAAAGCAGGGUUUUUUGUGAGACUCUGGAGGACACUAACCAUCGUCUGCAAGGGGAACUCCUGGAAAAUCAGAGAGAAGUCGACACUUUGAAGAAAAGACUGGAGGAGAAGGAAAACCACAUCAGCAUUCUGUUGGACAAAGUCAAAUCCAUGUCACUGUCUUCUGAGAGGCCUCGCCAGCAAACAGCAACAACAGCCACAGACACCAACACACUCACAGCAGGAGACACAAGCGCGGCUGAUGGAUUUAAGCAGAAACACACGGAUGGAAAUGAAGAGGAGGAUGAUGACAGAUGACAGUCUGUAAGUGACUAAGAAUUGAACCAUGGGGCAAAGUAAACAGCCCUCUAGUCCCGUCAGAUUUACUCUUUAUGCUUUCAUCAAUUUUAAACAUUGACCGGCAUUUUCCAUGUUGGUGUUUAUGAUGCUUUUACCUUUGGUUUCUAGGUGACAGUCAAUAAUUGAUUCUGCUCUGAAGCAUCUGAAGAGCACAAGAUGCACUGUGCCACCCACUGUGUGUGUACAUGCAGCAAUAAGCUAUUUAUUUUGUGAGGAUAUAAUACGUAAAUUCACUUUUUCAUGUCUUGUUUCAUGUAUAGGUGCGUAUCAACCCUAAAUACCUCAACAUGUCCAACAUUCUAUUCACAAAAAGUGUAUGUGUAUUAUGUUGCUGUGACAAAGGAAGUGUCACAUUUGACCAGAAGGUGGCAGUGUAUUAGCAGUUUACAGAAUUUAAGCGGCUGCACCCGAAUUACAUGGUUUCUGGGAACUUGAUGUUCUGUUCUUAUCGCAAAAAAAAGACAUCUCUCUUUGUGCGUGUGUGCAUGUGUGCGUGCGUCAGAGCAGUCCCAUCCAAGUGAAACGUCAUUCAUACUAGCCUCAUUGUCAGACUGAAGAGCCACUUCAUUUCAUUUCACUUCAUUCAUUCUAUUUGUGUCACAGAACGAGGACAGACGUGGGCAGUGAAUUAGAGAUCUGGGACCAGGCUGCAUUCAUACUGCCACACUGAAUGCAUUUAUACAUAAUUGUAUUAGUUUUGUACAUUUCAGAAAUACACUGCUGACAAAAACAACUGAAUGUCAGAGAAAGAGCCCAAGGAGGCCAAAGCAAGGAUGAAAAUAAACAUACAGUGUUAAAGCAGGAAAAUCAUAUAGGCUUGUGUACUCACUAUUUUUGAAAAUCUUAUUUUUUAAAGCUGUAAUUGGCUGAUAAACUCUAUAAUCUUUGGCCUUAAAGGUGACCUAUUGUGCUUAUUUUCAUUUUCACGUUCAUACCGGUUGGUGUCGACUAGAACAUGAUCUAAUAUAAAAAUAAUAAUAAUAAUUUAAAAAAAUAAUAAAAAAAAACACAUUAUUUUUCUCAUACUGUCUGUCCGAGUAUUCACCCAGUGUCUAAAAUGCUCAAUUUUAGCACUUGUCUCUUUAAGACCCCCUCCCAAAAAAGCCCAGUCUGCUCUGAUUGGUCAAGAGUUUCCUGUUUAUCUGCUGUUCUGCACCAUCAUUGCAGCUGGGGAAUGACUGUGAUGGCGCUGUAGCAGCACUUUCUACUUAUAUACAGUUAGGGGUGUUGUGAUAUACCAAUAUUGACAAUAAUCAUACACAAAUUAUAUUCUCUGUAAAAAUCAUAAUAAUAAUAAUAAUUGUAUUUUAUUGUGUUUGUCGAUAAUCUGAUAUAGUGACAGCCCUAGUUGGGACAUCACAACCUUUCAGAAGUUUCUCUAUGUGUUGUGUGUAUUUGUCAGCAUUAGGAUUCAUUUACAAUAUUUACAUAACAACUGAAAAACAAUUUAAAAAAAACUUUUAACAAUAAGAGCCUAACCAAUUGAAUAUUGAUUUGAAAUGGACAGAAGUUAAAACAACUGUGAAAUACACUGAUAUAUUUCAUAAUAAUAAUUAUCAUAACAUAUAAUAUUAAAUUAAAUUAUUCACCAUGUCCAUUUCUCAUUAAAGUGUGUCCACAUCACAGAUCACUACAUUUGGUUAGAUUUAUUUGUGUCUCAAAGCAUAAUCAACUGUAAUGGAAAAAUGAAAAGCACAUGAACUGUCUUUAAUAACCUUCUGUGCCUCAUUUACAUAUAAAGAUUGUUCUCAUGUUACUGAACCGUUUUUAACCUUGAAUAGAGAAAAUGCAUGUACUUGUCUACUACUCUUAUCUGUCUUGCAAGUUGUUACUCCGAGGCUGCAGUUAGGUGUGCAGGUGUUCUUUCUUGAACAAUGACUCAAGUCCCUUCUCUCUUUUCUCACACAAACACUUCUGUAUGUAUAAAUGACAGUGCUUGAACACAGAACCUCAGAACGAUUUUGGAGAAGUUGUACAAGUUGUUCUCAUCUUGCAAAAUUCAAUAAA